AUGAUUCUUAUUAACAAAGCAAUAUUUUUGUGGACAAUAUGCUGCAUAUUUUUAUUUUUAUUGAUUUUAAAAAUCAGUGAAAUUAUUGACUGGAAUUGGUUUAUCAUAUUUCUACCAAUGUGGUGUUUGGAUUUCAUUUUACUUACUACAAGUAUACUUCACAUGUCUGGAAGAUUUACUCGAAUAAUUGGUCAUCGUGAUCUUGGAAGUAGAUUCACUCAAGCAUUAACACUAAGCUUUAUUCUAUGGAAGUUAGUUGCACAAAUUGUACUUUGCUUAUACUUAGAGGACUAUCUGGAUGGCUUAUCUUAUCAUCGAUAUUGGCUUCCCAACAGUAGUAAUGAUUCAAAGAGUAAGGGUCAUAGUAUUGACAAGGACACUAGGGGUUAUCUGCUGUUUGCAGUAUUGCCUAUAUGGACUACUAUGCUGAUAUGUUUGCUAGCAGUAUGUAGCCAAAUUGGAAAUCCUCGUCUGGCUGCUGUUCGGUCAUUUUGUUCACAUACACAGGCAAAUAAACGUCAUAUUGAGCAGCAUUCAAGACAGAACAGGGUUUUACCAGAGCGUUCUGAACUCAAGUUAUAA